AUGGCUUGCCUCUUAAUAGCAUGCAGUUUUCUCCAGCUUUUCGUCUUUCAAGUUCAAGGUCAUGGAAUUCUUCUAGACCCACCAGGCCGAUCUUCUUUGUGGAGGGAAGGACAUGACGUCAUACCCAAUUAUCAGGAUAAUGAACUCUUUUGCGGAGGAUUUCAAAACCAGUGGGAGGUCCAUGGAGGGAAAUGCGGACUGUGCGGCGAUCCUUGGCAAGGUUCCCGCGAUCACGAAGCGGGAGGGAAAUACGCCACUGACAUUAUCGCACGCACGUACGAGACAGGCGAGACGAUCCAGGUGAAGGUCGAUAUAACGGCCAACCACCUGGGUUGGUUCGAGUUCCGCCUGUGUCCUCACAACGACUGGACGAGCAACUUCACCGCGGACUGUCUGCAGCUGCUCGAACUGGCCGACCCAGACCGGUCCGGGACGAGGUACACCAUCGAUGACAGCACGGGCAUCUACAACAUCCUGCUCAAACUGCCGGAAACCCUGACGUGCUCGCAGUGCGUGCUGCAGUGGAAGUACCACACUGCUAACAGCUGGGGUUUUGAGCCCAAUGGUACUGGAUGCAUGGGGUGCGGUGCACAAGAAGAGUUCUAUGGUUGUGCUGAUGUCGCGAUAACAGCGGGCGGCAAACCCGACACGACGGUUACGCCAGCCACAACGUUUAGCCCAGUGACGACGGUUACGCCAGCCACAAUGUCUAGCCCAGUGACGACGGUUACGCCAGUCACAACGUCUAGCCCAGUGACGACGGUUACGCCAGGCACAACGUCUAGCCCAGUGACGACGGUUACGCCAGCUACAACGACUAGCCCAGUGACGACGAGUGAGACAGCAGGGACGACGGCAACAGUGACUAACCGGACCACUACGGAGGAACAUACAACCACAGAAGGACCGGAGUCGACGACGACGUCUUUCGACAAGUGCCGCGCCACGGGACCCUGGGAGGGCAAGGAGAAGGAAACAGAGUGGUGUAAAUUAAACUGUUCCCUUGGCCACUGUCCGCCUGACUUGUGCCGCUGUGAUUAAAAAAUCGCUUAUUACAGCGUUUCAGAGUUUGACAUUUUUUCAGUGUUUGACAUGUUUGUAAUAUAUAUACAGUGCAGGUGUGGUAAAUCUUAAAGCAGAGAUAACUUUUUCUUGUAGAAUGUAGGAAAUUGCAUUUUAGGAUAUCUAGGUUUCAAACGUUUACGGUGGAGCAUACCCCCGAAGGGUGUAUACUACCAAAUCAAAUCCCAUAGACGACAAUAGUAACAUAUGUGAUAAAAAAAACUCCGACCUGCAGCGUAUCAAUCGACAUAAACGCCACGG